UAAAAUGUGUAAGAUUAUGGAAGAAAUUGUAAGUCUUAAAUACAUAAACCUUACACACUCUAUUGGGGAAAUGAAGGGAAAAAAAUAUUAUUCAGAAUAAAAGUUCAAGGCCACCUUGACAAGAAAGAUUCUUAAUGAUGUCAGGAAAGUACUGGAAGAGUGAGAUCUAUAUGAGUUUGGGGGAAAAGAGAACUUUUUUGUACCUUAAUCCUCAAAUGGUAAUUCCAACAUUGAAAUCUUAAGCUAUCAUUUAAAAAAAAUCCCAAAGAUUUAUCCAAAUAAAAUGUUUAUUAUUAAGGUGAUAUAGUAUAUCCUGCCAAAUAUGUGCUCUGAAGCCUUCCCAAAGGUUUGAGAUCUAAUUUAGAAUUUUCUUUUUGAAGAUUUACAUGGUCUAAAUUUGAAUUUAAAUGUAACUCCUCUCAGAUGAGAUCACUUCUGAAUGUACCUUGCUUUAGCAUAUUAAGACAGAAAACUAUAGGACAGGAAAGUAAAAAAUUCUUCAUCAGGAAUUGGUGUCCCAUUUCCUUCAUGUCUCACCUGGGCAAAGAGAGGCCGCAUAGAAGAUGUGGGCAGGAAGCCCCAACUCAAAAAUGGAGACCACUCACUAACAAUGCUCUUUCUUUGGACAAUCAAAAUCUUUUUUAAGGACUACACUGUCCACUCAAAAAUGCAAAACUAGUUUAUUUCUCAGGUUAAAAAUUUCAUUCAUUACAUUACACACAAUUACAUCCAUUUUUACUUGUAUCCCAGGUCAUGUGACUGGGCGUUAGAAGCACUGGAAACUAGGAAAAUUCAAAGGUGUCAAAGUAGUGGGUCCCCUGAAGCUCAAGUGCACCUGAGGGGACUGAGUCGAUGCAAAAUAAUGCACAGCCUGUGGUCUUUUGCCCUUCCCUUCACCGUCAGUCCAGGCAUUUGAUUUUUAAAUCAAUAUUCUUAUUGGAUAGCAUUCUCAUCCAGUAACAUUCUCAUCCCCACAGACGCAGCAUUCCCAGAUUAUUUCAUACCACCUCCCCAAACAAAAACAGAGGUUGUCAAAAGGAAGGUUUUCACCAGCUGUCUUUUCUAGUUGUUUGGUACUUUUCCAAUUUGUCUUAAACAUGAACUUAUUUUUAUAUGCAGUGUUACAGUUUACAUGUUAAAAUCUUACAGUGACCUGAUGAACAAUGAGAAAGGAAAACUCAAGUCAUAGUGGAAUGAAAUGAUUCCCUGGUCUCCUCAACAGAAAAGUGUGGUCCUUUCCUCACAUUUGAUAGGGGAGAAAAAAGGGGGAAAGUCGGGGGAAGGAAGCAGCCUGGAGUAAAAUGAAAGUACGCUAAGGUUUGUUCAUAGUGUUUCUGUGUUUCAUAGUAUACCCCUCCCCAACACUCCCUACCCGCAGGUCCACCCUCCAUAUCUGAUAGAGGGUUGAAAAAGUACAGCGUUCUUCAGAGUUGACCAUAACUCAGGAUCAUCAGGAGGAACAAACUAUUACGCCUUUAAUAAAUAUAAUAUUUCUUAAAUAUUCUCAACCCUUUAUGUGUACAUCGAACAUUUCUUGAAUUUAUAAUAAUGUCCUAGUUCCUGGGAGCUAGAUAAUAAAAAAAAAGAUAAAGGUAGCUUACAAAAUAGCUAAAGAAGCAAUUACGGUACAGUGCUAUGAAAGGAGGAAAUUUCGGUCAUUUUUCCAGGGAGAACUGUUACCAACUUCAGUGCUGAAGCAGCUGUUUGAGUUCUAGAACCACUUGACCCAACGCAGUGCUAAUGUUCUAGAACGUGGUGAUUUGACCUCUGACAAAGAAAAGAACCAUGGAAGCCAUGUCAGCCAAUCAGAAACCACACUUUUCAUUUCUAAUGGAGUAGUCUAAUACAAGACGCUGAAUCGCAUAAGUGUUGGUUGAGAAAAAGACAUAGUAGUUUGAAACUGAAGUAGUCUCCAGCUAGAAAAACCCAGGACAUCCAAGAGAUGGAGAAGAGAGAAAUGAAGGUUUCUGUUCCAAAAUUUGGCAAGAUUCCUUCGUUUAGUGAGGCUAGCCUCAUCAACAAGCCAUUAGUGCUCAGCCUCCCCAAAAGAUCUCCUCAUUCCUCUGCCACCUUUCUGGUUUCAUCCAAGAAGGAUAUGAAUUUGCCAAUAAUGUUUCAAGUUCCAGAUGUCUUAUCUAAGGCUAGGAGGAACCAGGGUGACCCCAUGCUGAUCAGAAACAAGCAGCUGUGCUCCAUGUGUCGAGAAAUAAAAACGGUACAAUCAAGAGCUAUAAUAAUCCCAAGUGAUCUGAAACUAUCCUUUAAGAAUUUUAUGAAUCAAAGAAUGAUGAGCCUUCAUCCACCAAAAGCCCAGACAGUACGCAAACCUUCCCGUGGUGACAUCCCAACAGAGAGCAUUCACUACAGACUGCCCAUUCUGGGCCCCAGAACAGCUGUCUUUCACGGAAUGCUGUCAGAUGCCUACAAAACUCUGCAGGAGACACAUCUCUCUUCCUUAUCCGGAAAGGAACCAAUGGGCAAGACAAUGAGGCAGAGAGUGAUCAGAACUCAUAACCUUGCAGACUCAGAGAGAAAACAACCUCCCCAGGCCAGUUUCUGACACUAGUGCCUUCUCAUUAUUUCCUCCUAUCAUCAAAAAGAUGACUCCAUUUUGCCUUCAUAAGAGUUGCUAGCCCUUGCCUCUAUCUUCUCACUUCUCACUUCGCUUCUCGUAAAGACAAAAUGGUUUAAUUUACAUCAUUAUAAAGACAUUGAUUAAAAUGGA